CUUUACCUGUAUUUUGUUAAACAUCAAAUCCAUUCCAAAAUAUAUCACUCUCAACUUAACACCAAAUUUUAUCCAAUUUUACCACUAGUAUACAUUCAUAUAAUAUUCUGACGGGAUUGAGUAUUGUUGUCGUUAUCGUGCAAAUUCGAUACAAUGGCCCCACAUUUGGAAGAAGAAUUAUUCCCUUCAACACCCGGAAAGCUCAAGACCGACCGAAGAACAUUCAGCCGAUGUUUCGCUUCGACAAGUACUAUGUUUUUUUGUGUGUUGUUUGUGAUUGCUAUAACAGCAUCAUAUAUCAGCUUCCAAAGCUUCAUUAAUUCUCAUAGUCGAAUGAUUAUGGGUGGUCGACAUUGGGAGAAACAAAUAAAAUCAUCUGCAGAAACCCGUCGUCAUAACGGGUUUUCUGUACUUGUAACUGGCGCCGCGGGCUUCGUAGGAAGCCACGUGUCGCUCGCGUUAAAAAAACGCGGGGAUGGGGUUGUGGGGAUUGAUAAUUUUAAUGAUUAUUAUGACCCGUCUUUGAAAAAGUCACGUAAGGACAUGCUUACAGCUCAUAAAAUAUUUAUAGUUAAUGGUGACAUUAAUGAUGAGGUGUUGUUGGCAAAAAUGUUUAAUAUUGUUCAUUUUACACACGUAAUGCACUUGGCGGCACAGGCCGGAGUGCGUUACGCGAUGGAAAACCCGGGUUCUUAUGUUCAUAGUAACAUUGCGGGUCUGGUUACAUUGCUUGAGCAAUGUAAAAAAUCAGACCCACAACCCGCGGUUGUUUGGGCUAGUUCAAGUUCGGUUUACGGGUUAAACGAGAAGGUUCCGUUUUCAGAAUCCGAUGUAACGGACCAGCCCGCUUCGCUUUACGCGGCUACCAAGAAAGCCGGGGAGGAAAUUACACACACGUAUAAUCAUAUAUACGGGUUAUCUAUAACCGGUUUGAGAUUUUUUACGGUUUAUGGUCCGUGGGGCCGACCCGAUAUGGCUUAUUUUUCGUUUACGAAAAAUAUAUUACAAGGUAAACCGAUCACGGUGUACCGUGGGAAGGAUCACGUUGACUUGGCCCGAGAUUUUACUUAUAUUGAUGAUAUUGUGAAAGGGUGUGUGGCUUCAUUGGAUACUGCCGGUAAGAGUACCGGGUCGGGUGGGAAGAAAAAAGGACCCGCCAUGUACCGGAUUUUUAAUUUGGGUAAUACCUCGCCCGUUACCGUACCCGCAUUGGUGAGUAUAUUGGAAAAGAAUUUGAAGAUGAAAGCAAAGAAAAAUGUGGUUGAAAUGCCUGGAAAUGGAGACGUUCCAUUUACACAUGCGAAUAUCAGUUUGGCCCGAAGGGAACUCGGGUAUAACCCGACUACCGAUUUGCCUACCGGGUUGAAAAAGUUUGUUAAAUGGUAUCUUUCAUAUUAUGGUUAUGAUCAUGGCAAGGGCAGUCCUGUAAAUUUGUAGUCUUUGUUUUAUUUUUGUCAUAUUAGUUAGGAUUCUCUUCUUAUUUAACUUUAUUAUUAUGAUAUUAUAUUCCUUUAAAAAGAAAGAAAUAUGCCAAACGCAUGAUUCUUUGCUUGGAA